AUGAGCUUAUUGAAUACUUCAAAUGAUAGUGAUAGUGACUCUCUUUCCAUUUUGGUUAUAUUAAGAACUUUAUUUACUGAUUUACCUGAUCUUGUUAUUCUAAAUAUUAUUCAUUAUCUAUCACCAUUCGAUGCAAUUCAAGCAUUUUAUAAUAUCGAUAAUGAUGAUGAUAAUAGAAUUUUAAAUCUUUUAAUUGAAACUCGAUGUUUUUCAUCGAUUCAUCAACUUCGAUUACCUUUAUUUAAUUUUGUUUGUGAUUAUGUUAUACCAUAUAUGGGUUCUAAACUAUCUCAUUUAACUCUCUAUGAUCAUCAACUUAUGAUAGCUCGUACUAAACAAAUAUAUUUAUAUUUAUCUAAUCUUUCAUCGCUUCACCUAAUUAAUAUUAUUGAAAUAAAAGAAAAUGAUAAUGAUCUUUCAUAUUUUCUUAAUAAACAAUUAAAAAAACUAACUAUUCAAUUCAUUAGUGAACAUCAUAUAGAAGCUCAAGCUUAUAUAUGUGAACAAUUUAUAUUCAAUAAAGAAUCAACAAAUUUAAUUCAUUGUCAUUUAUUAAAUAAUUAUGGAAUACACCUUCGACGUUUAAAUUUAUUUCCAAAUAAUUCUAUUCAAGAAAUGACUGUACAAUUAAAACAUUUAACAGAUUUACAUGUACUUUUUGAUAAUUUAAUAAAUAUAAAAAUUCUAAAUAUUGAAAUUUGUCAAUGGACUAUUGAAGAUAUUAAAUAUGAUUAUACGAAAUUAUCAAAAAAACUUCCUCAUUUAAUUGAAUUUUCUCUUCAAACUCAUCAUACAUUAAGUUUUAAUCAAAUGAUCAGUAUUAUUCAACAUUUAAUUUAUUUAAAUAAACUUUCAUUUAUCUAUCGAAAUUAUGAUGAACGUGGUAUUGAUAUAAAUCAAUUACAACUAAUAUUGAAUCAUCUUCAAUGUUUAAAACAUUUACACUUUAUUAUUAAAUUUAUUUAUUUUAAUCUCAAUCCUAAAUUAACAUUUGAAUAUAAUAUUCAAUUAAAACAACAAUGGAAUGUACAUACAUACAUGAAUUCUUUAUAUAAAACUUAUCUUGCAUAUACUCAACCGAUGAUUAAUCGAAAUUUUUCAAUUUCAAGUGAUAUUCUAUUAGAUGAUGAUUUAAUAUAUCUUCCAACAAUAACGAAUUUAAACUUAACUAUACAUACAAAACAAAUUUCUCUUUUACCUAUUAUUCGUUUAUUGAAUAGUCAUUUUCCAUUUUUGAAGCACCUUCAUAUUGUUGAUUCAUUUGGUAUCGAAGAAAAGAAUGAUUGUACUAUGAAAUUAUUUAAUAUUCAUUCAUUGAAUGCAUCAGAAUUAAAAAUAUCGAAUUUAUUCUUUAAUCUUAUUCAAUCUUUACCUAAUUUAGUGUAUCUUCAAGUAAAUUCAAAUAUUUUAAUCAAUUGUGAUCUUAAAUUAUUAUUCGUAAACAAUCAAAUAAAACAUCUGGAAUUAAUAACAAAGAAUUUCGAUGAAAUUAAUAAUAUUUUAUUUUAUUUUCCAAUUUUGGAAUAUUUAAUAAUCAAUAAUAAAAAACAAUCAAAUGAUUAUAAACGAAAAUCCUACCGAAUUGUUUUCAAUUGGUUUGAAAUAUGUACACAAUUAUAUACAAUUCUUAUUAAAACAGAUAAAUUAUCUAAUUUAUUUUUUAAUUUAAGUCAUACAGAAAGCAAUUCAAAGAUUCACAUACAAUAUUCGAAUGAAAUGCUUACUGUAUGGAAAUAA